CUUCAGACCAGACUUGCUUGACCCCGCAUUCUGUCAUCACGACUCUUGCUCCCAAACAACUCCACGCAUUCCGAGCUUCGCACUCCGCGCAUAUACAGCAAAAUGUCUGCGGCCUGUAUCUUCUGCAAGAUCAUCAAGGGUGAUAUCCCUUCGUUCAAGCUCUUCGAGAGCGACAAGGUCUUCGCCUUCCUUGACAUCCAGCCCCUUAGCAAGGGCCACGCGCUCGUCAUCCCCAAGUACCACGGAGCGAAGCUCACCGACAUCCCCGACGACCACCUCCAAGAACUCCUGCCCGUAGCGAAGAAGAUCGCUCAAGCCGUCGGCGCCACGGACUUCAACAUCCUCCAGAACAACGGCCGCAUAGCGCACCAGGUCGUUGACCAUGUUCACUUCCACAUGAUCCCCAAGCCCAACGAGACCGAGGGACUCGGCAUCCACUGGCCCACUCAGGAGACGGACAUGGACAAGCUCAAGGCUCUGUACGAGGAGGUCAAGGCUAGAAUGUAGAUGGGUUGUAAGCUAGUAGUCUGAUAGGAUAACAUGUGUCCAUCCAACCACCGCGCAGAACUGCACGGCCGUCCCUAAGCUCUAUGUCAA